AUGAAACAUCACGAAAAAUUACUCAUCGUAUGUUCAUUCGAUUCUGUAGGAACUUAGAUGCUAGAUCAAAAAUUAGAAGAGUAUCUUUAAACUGAUCAAGAAGAAAUCAUUCUCUAUCUGAAAAGAACACCAAUUACACAUCUAAAAGUUUAUGAACUCAUUUUAUUCCAUCUUUAUGAAAAAGCACAAAACUACCCAACCAAAUUUAAUGUGAUCUUUGAUAUAUUUAAUACUAAAUUCAAAAACCACUACCAAUUCGUCAUCAAUUUAGAUACCGAAAUCAAUAUUCAAACUAAGCUAAAUCAACCACAUUAAAAUAUCUAAUUUUCCUAAGAAGGACCACUAGCAAAUUAAUUCAAAAGAGGUGCCAACGGUGGAACUUUUGAUCAUUUACACAUUGGACACAAAGUACUUUUAAGUUUAAGUUUGUUGGCUGUCAAUGAACACUUGACCAUAGGAAUAACUGGAGAUAUAUUAUUAUAAAAAAAGAAAUUAAAAGGCUUCUUAUAAUCCUAUGAGACUCGUUGUAAAUGUGUAAAAGAGUUCUGUUCGCUCUUCAGACCUGAUAUUGAAUUGAAUUUCUCUGAAUUAGUCGACCCAGCAGGACCAACAAAAAAUGGAUAAUUUGAAGUACUAAUUGCCACCUAAGAGACUCAAAAAUCUUUAGAGUACAUUAAUAAUCUUAGGAAAGAAGGAGGCUUAAAUGAAUUAGAAGGCUACAUAAUUGGCAUUAUAGAAAACUCGAAUAAUUAAGGAGAUGUUAAGCUGUCUUCCUCAUAAAUUAGAGAACAAAUCUAAGAAAAAAAUAGAUUAAGUGAAUAAGAGUAUUUGGAACUUAAAUCUGAAUGGUUGUCAGUUAGUGAUAAUCUCUAUUGGUUUGAAUCUAUAUUAGUUGAUUAUUAUUCCUAACCUCAAAGGCAUUAUCACACUUUAAGACACAUAUAUGAUAUGUUAAAAUAAUUAAAUGGAGCCAAAAAUAUAAAGAAUGUAAAAUUGGCAACCUUCUUUCACGAUGCUAUAUACUAUCCUAGAAACAAUGAUAAUGAAGAAAAAAGUAUUUUGUUGUUUUAAUAAUACGCCUAAGAAUGCAAUAUGGAUUCAUAACUUAUAUCAACUUUUAUCUUGUAAACAAAAAGCCAUCAAACUGAUGUGUCAUUCCUACCAGAGGAUGAUUUAUAAGAUUUGAUGGUAUUUUUAGAUGCUGAUAUGUCUAUUUUGGAGUCUGAUGCAUAUUCUAUCUAUGCUCAAGAUAUAAGAAAGGAAUAUUAGCACUUUCCAGAUAAGGAUUAUAAAACAGGGAGAACUGCUGUUCUAUAAAAGUUUUAAAAGUCUAAAAUUUUUAACCUAAGAAGCGAAGAAAAGGCAAGAAAAAACAUAUAAGAAGAGAUUGAAAUGUUAUAAAAUUAGGUUGUAGCAAAAUGA